AAGGUAUCGACCUGUUGGCAUUCUCCACUCAUCAUCGACAACAAUGGUUCAACUUCCUGAUUUUAUGGGCUCUGCUCGCUCAACAUCUUGUGCUACGACAUGGAACGCAUCGAUAAUGACUUACGAAGAGUGGUAUGAGACGACUUUGCCUUUCCAGCAAUGGUGUAUCGCCGACCUACAAUACGCUCUGCCUACGGUGUACUUUUCUUGUGGUAUGAUAGCGCUGUUUAUCCUGUCGAAUGUACUGGGUACGAUGCGAGCGAGACGGGCUGCCACGAAAUCAUCAUCGAAAAUCGUAUCGUUCCUCCGUUUCCUCGCUUCUCGUCAGGUGAACGUCCAGAUUUUAAACUGGUACUCCCCGAGCCUUGGAGUCACCAUUGUUGGUGCAUUAAUGGUCGUUUUCAUAUUCGCUCUGAUGUUUUCGAAUCACAAGUUCUACUGGGAGAAUUUCAACAUGGGGCACAGCCCGCCUCUUGGAACUAGAGGCGGAUGGGUCUCCUUGGCCAUUAUGCCGUUUAUGUUGACAUUUGCUACUAAGGCGAACCCCAUUGCACUCCUCACCGGAACCUCCCACGAGAAACUACAGAUCUGGCAUCGGUGGUCGGCGUGGCUCAUGUAUUUUGCCGCGCUCGUCCAUACGCUUCCGUUCAUCGUGUACAACAUUCGCUGGGGCCAGAUGGAAGCGAGAUACGCGGCCUCCGCUGAAUAUUGGACAGGCAUUGCGUGUCUCGUACCCAUGACGUGGCUCCUGUUCAUGUCCGUCGGUCCGAUAAGACGCUGGUGUUACGAAUUAUUCAAGAAGCUACAUAUCAUCGGUGCUAUCCUUUUUAUCAUCUUCUUCAUGUUUCAUUGCGCCAACACCUUGACCUCAUGGCAAUACUUCUACGCUACCUUCGCCCUCUACGGCUUCUCUUUCUUGACACGCCUAGCUCGUCUUCUCCCUUGCUUCGAUGUUGUCAUCGAUGUUCUCCCCUCUAAUACCGUUAAGAUUACCAUUCCCGUUCACCCCAAGUGCACGUGGAAACCUGGCCAGCAUUUCUUCGUACGGUUCAUAGGUCCCAGCCUCGGAUUGCAUAGCUUUAGUUCUCAUCCUUUCACAGUCGCUUCCGUCCCAAGUGUCGGCGGUGCGGACAAUACAGUAGAGAUGUACGUGAGAGGAUAUCGCGGUAUCACCGGCAGAUUGGGUGCUGUGGCGGCGAUAUUGAAGGGGAGGGGCGUGACUGCGGUGUUGGAUGGGCCGUACGGAGGCUUGCAUACUUCGGUUCAAGGGUUCAAUAGGGUGCUUUUGCUUGCCGGUGGAAGCGGUGCAACGUUCACUUUGCCUAUCAUGACCGACAUUUGUCGAGCAAUCUCCGCAGGAAGCACAACAUGCAGCAAGGUAGACUUCAUCAUUGCGGCACCCUCUUAUGAUUCUAUUGAAUGGUGCGAAGAUUACUGUACGGCCGCUCGGACUAUGCUUGAGUCCAACACUGGCGGCAAGGGUUCUGCUCUUGCCGUUUCCGUAUACAUCACGCGUCAGGAUGCUUCGUCUUCUUCUGCCACAGUCGACGAAGAGAAAGGCGAAGCAGAUGGAACCCAGAAGUUCAGGCAUGGUGCUAUACAUCGGGAAGGUCGCCCAGACCUGAAACAACUCAUUCGUUCUGCAUGCGACGAACAACCAAACGGAUCCGUUGCCGUGAUAUGCUGUGGCCCGGAUGAGUUUUCUUACGCUGUUCGGAACGCAGUGGCAUCUUGCGAGCUGGACAUAGCUCUCGGUCGGCUUGGUUGUCGGGAUCUCUUCUUGCAUACGGAGGCGUACAGCUGGUGAUAUCGAUGCCACUGCUUGCUUGAAAUGCUUACUUUUCCUUGCGUACUUGUAUCCUGUUUUUCUUCAUUUGAAUUUUUCUGUCUGUGUUUGUAGAGACUCUUCACAAUUUAUCUGCUGGCCUACGC